AUGCAAAUCCGCGGUCUGAAGGCAGCAUUGAACGCGAGCAAUCGCUACAAGUACAGGUCGCCAGAACUUGCAGUUGACCAUUUAGUCAUUGGCGGGGGGGUCGUUGGCUUGGCUGUCGCCCGUGCUCUUACCUUGAAUUUUCCGAAUAAGACAACCUACCUUGUAGAGCGGAAUGGUUCUGCAGGCGAAGAAACCAGUUCACGGAACUCAGAAGUCAUACAUGCUGGACUCUAUUACCCUCCGAACUCACUCAAGGAGUCCUUAUGCAUUCGUGGCAGAUGUCUCCUCUAUCAAUAUUGCGAUGUAUCCUCAGUACCGUACCGGAAGACCGGAAAGCUCGUUGUCGCCAAAGAGAGUCAACGGGGGUACAUCGAAUCUCUUUACAAGAAAGUCCAGUCUCUUAGUUGGCCAGAAGCUGUACAGAGCACAGACUACCCACCCGAGGGACCUCCGAUACCUGCAGACCUUAUAUCUGGCUCGGCUGCAAGGGAGCUUGAGCCGGACCUGUCUCCAGAAAUUUCAGCCGCUCUCUUAAGCCAUGAGACUGGUAUAAUUGACUCACACUCCUUUAUGGAGAGCCUUGAGCGGGAUAUCAUGGAAUCGGAAAAUGGAGAGCUUGUUUACUCAACGUCAGUUGUGAGGGUAGACCCCUACGACCGAUCACGGCGGCCUUCCGGUACUGCGGAUAACGCCUUCAAAGAAGGCGGCUGGGUUGCUCAGAUGGUCACUCGCGGCAUAGAAAACGGAAGUCGUGAAGAGGUUGACACGUUGUUUGCGCGAAGAAUUAUCAAUGCUUCUGGCCUGUCCGGUAGCCUCACAUUGAAUUCACUUUUGCCUCCAGAGGAGCGCAUUCCGAUGUAUUACGCUCGAGGCUCGUACGCCGCGUACAAUGGUCCGGGUGUCAGUAACGUCAAACGUCUUCUUUAUCCUUGCCCGGAAACCGGAAGUAAAAGCAAUCAUGCCUUCCAGUCAUUGGGAACACAUCUGACACUUGACUUGAACGGUAAUAUCAAAUUUGGUCCGGACAUUCAAUGGAUCUCCCCAAGCGGUGCAUCGGAACCAACAGCUGGACCUUCACCCGUUCAGGGUUCUCAGACUGACGAGUCUUUCUCUGACAACAAAGACGAUAUUGACUUCUGGAAGCAGCACUUAAUACCCGACAAUUCACAGUUAGUUGCGAUGGCGGAAGCCGUCAAGUCAUACCUCCCUGGAGUAGAGAGAUCCUCAUUCAGACCAGAUUACGUUGGAAUUCGACCGAAACUCGUCCCACCUUGGGGUGGGUUCCAAGAUUUCGUAUUCCGAGUAAAUAGAUCAUCAGAAUUCUUGAGUAGCACGAAUGCGUAUGGCGGUAAGGGCGGAGAGAUGAUUAGCCUACUGGGCAUCGAGUCUCCUGGGCUAACUGCGAGCCUUGCUAUCGCAGAGAAAGUUGGAGCAAUGCUUAAAGAGGAUGGAGGUAAUUAG